AUGAAUUCAAAUAUAAAAAAAGUAUUUGCUGCUGCUCAAAAUGAUGACUCCACUUGUCUCAUCUGUAAUGAGAAGCACAAGAUUUACAGCUGUUCAAAAUUACUUGCAGCUGAUCCUCAACAAAGAUAUCAUAUGAUAAAAGCUGCUGGUUGUUGCGUAAAUUGUUUCGGCUUCAAACAUCAGCGAAAAAAUUGUCCAAGUUCUUCACGAUGUAGAAAAUGUCAAAAGGAUCAUCACACUUUAUUACAUAUGGAACGUGCUCCUGUAUUGACAUCAUCGCAUUCAUCAAGUCAUGAAAAUAUUUCAUCGACAAACAACUCACAUUCAACUCCUCAAGCAAGUUCUUCAUCAAGUUCCGCUAACGAUCGCUAUACUGCCCCAACGCCACCCACAGUGAAAAUAAAAGAAACUAAACAAACAAUGACAGCAGUGACUGCUCACUCCAAUGUAAGAAAAACAGUUUUGCUCUCAACCGUAACUUUUCUGGUUCGUGCAGCAGACUCUUCUUGGCAUCUCACCCGAGCUCUUUUUGAUUCAGGCUCAGAUACAAAUUUCAUUUCGUUUAGAUUGGCUUCAUUAUUGAAAUUGAAUUUUAUUGAUGUUACUUAUUCAGUUUCUGGAAUUGAAGAUCAAACUGUUUCCAUUAAACAUAAAGUUGAAACAGUAAUCAAGUCAAAUGAUUUAAAGUUUCUCAAGCCCGUAGACUGUUACAUUCUUUCAAAGAUAACAGAUGUUCUUCCAUCAUCACGAGUGGCCGUUGAUAAGCAAACCAUUCCAAAUGAUAAAGUUCUAGCUGAUCCCAAUUUUGAUCUACCUUUACCAAUCGAUAUGUUAGUUGGUGCUGACGUUUUCUACGAAGCUUUACUCAAUGAAACAAUCAGAUUACCUCAAGGAUUAAUUAUGACCAGUACUGCAUUUGGUUGGAUACUUGGUGGUUUAAUCACAACACAACUCGAAGAAAAAAUUUUCUCAAGGUAG